UUUUUUUUCCUUUUUUUUCUUUCUUGGACUGCUGACGCGUACAGCCGGAUACGUGCUGCUCUCUCCGGCACCGUUGGAUUAUUCCGCGUCCUCUCCAGCCUCCACCAUGUUCCUGCUUCACUUUCUAGUGUUCGGGGCCUUCGUUUUACACGCUGGAUGUUACUUUUCGGAGGAAAAGUUUCCGGAGGAGUCGAAAAUGCAGCCUCCCACCGUGGUGAUCGCGAUCAUAGCCAGGAACGCCGCGCACUCGCUGCCCUACUACCUCGGAGCUCUGGAGAGACUCAACUACCCCAAAGAUCGCAUCUCAGUGUGGGCAGCCACAGAUCACAACCUGGACAACACCACGGCUCUACUGAAAGAGUGGCUGACUGUCAUGCAGAAAUAUUACCACUAUGUUGAGUGGAGACCGAUGGACAAACCCACGUCCUAUGCAGGAGAGUUGGGUCCUAAGCAUUGGCCCAACAGCAGAUAUGAAUAUGUGAUGAAGCUGAAGCAGGCAGCGCUCAACUUUGCCAGGAAACGCUGGGCCGACUACAUCCUGUACGCUGACACAGACAACAUCCUGACAAACCCAGACACCCUCAACCUGCUGAUAGCAGAGAACAAAUCAGUCAUCGCUCCCAUGUUAGACUCCCAGGGAGCGUAUUCCAACUACUGGUGUGGCAUCACUCCGCAGGGAUAUUAUCGUCGAACAGCAGAGUACUUCCCCACCCGUCACCGCCACAGACAGGGCUGCUUCCCAGUGCCGAUGGUCCACAGCACCGUGCUGCUGGAUCUGAGGAAGGAGGGAAUGAAGAAACUGGCUUUCUACCCUCCUCAUGAUGACUACUCGUGGCCCUAUGACGACAUCAUUGUUUUUGCCUUUUCCUGUCGUUCUGCAGAGAUCCAGAUGUACUUGUGUAACAAGGAGCGCUAUGGCUACCUGAACGUUCCAGCCAAACCUCACCAUACCUUAGACGAUGAUCGCCUCAACUUUGUCCACGUCCACCUGGAGUCCAUGAUUGAUGGUCCCCCCAUGUAUCCCUCCCACUUCAUCCACAUGUUCCCAAAACAGAGAGACCUCAUGGGAUUUGAUGAGAUAUUUCUGAUUAAUCUGCGACGCCGUCCGGACCGCAGAGACAGGAUGUUGUUCUCUCUGAACGAGCUGGAGAUCGACGUCAAGGUUGUGGAUGCCGUGGAUGGAAAUGCACUGAACAGCAGCGACAUCAAGAUCCUGGGUGUCGACCUGCUGCCGGGUUACUACGACCCGUUUUCUGGACGCACUCUGACCAAAGGAGAAGUGGGCUGCUUCCUCAGUCACUACUACAUCUGGAAAGAGAUGGUGGACGUGCAGAUGGAUAAGGCGCUGGUCCUCGAAGAUGACGUCCGUUUCCAGGCCAACUUCAAGCGACGCGUGCUCAGACUGAUGGAGGAGGUGGAGCAGGUGGAGCUGGACUGGGACAUCAUAUACUUCGGGAGGAAGCAGGUGAAUCCUGGAAAUGAGGAAGCAGUGGAGAACGUUCGGAACUUGGUGGUGGCCGACUACUCAUACUGGACUCUGUCUUACGCCAUCUCCCUUCAAGGAGCCCAGAAGCUGCUCAACGCUGAGCCUCUUUCCAAGAUGCUACCUGUUGAUGAAUUCCUCCCCAUCAUGUAUGACAAACAUCCCAAUGAGGACUACAUGUCCCACUUCCCCAACAGAAAUCUCCAAGCCUUCAGUGUGCGCCCCCUGCUGGUGCAGCCGUGUCACUACGCCGGUGACCCCCAGUGGGUGAGCGACACGGAGACGUCGACCCUGUGGGACGACGACUCGGUGAGGACCGACUGGAGGGGCUCCCACAAGACCCUGAAAGGGGCGUCGCCGCCACCCGAGAUGCUGUCAGCUGCCUACAGGGAUGAACUUUAGUGCAGCAGCAGCAACGAGGCUGUGGAGAACCUGCAGGUCAAAAGGCCACGAGGUCAGAGAGACAGAUGCUGAGAAGAGAAAGUGUUCUCAGACUUUAUUUCAGUCUCCUCUGUGACAUGCUCAGUGUCAUUUAAACUGGACUUUGGUUAUUUCCAAUGCGGUUUAUUAAGUGUUUGGAUGGAUUCAUGGGGGAAACAGCAUCAGGGACAGAGUUUGCUGAGGCUGCGUCUUAGCAUUUCAAAUGCACAAACUUGCACAACAGAUUUUUCUCGAGAACAAUCCAGUGUUUAGAAUGUUUGUUUUUUUUUACUUUUAGACAUUUAUUUGCCUAAUCCAUGCAGGCUGUACAGUUUUUAUGGAUGAUAUCAAGGUCAGAUCCUUUGGUUUAAAUGUAUGCCUGUGAUGGUUGCAUGUUUAUAAUGCUAAUUGAAGUUUUUUUAAGAACGUGACAAUGAUGUGACUUUUCAAAGAAUAGUUGUUAAUCUGUUGAUCGCAGACUGAGGCUCCAGUAGCUGCACUGUUCACAACUCUUGGAAAGUCUGGACAGAAGUCUGAUAUUAUUUCUUUUUUUUUUCCUUUCUCUAUGUUGGUGUCUGUGUCUUCUUAUCCAUUUCUCUGGUUUUGUAUGUUUUCCAGUGCGAUUCUUGAGCAAUACAAUUGUGUCAAAGUAAUAUUUCUCUCAACAUGAACAGUUUUAAAGCUGACAUAUUGGACCUAUGGACAGUAUUGAACUGUUUCAGUGGUAUUCAUCAACUAUUUUGUUAGUAGCUCUAAAACAUUGAAUGUUUGCAUUUGAACAAUUUAAGCCUCCUUAACAUAUUUUGUUUUGAUGGAUUAACUUGGACUACCUUCUACUCUAUAGCUGUUUUAAUACUUGUACGUUUCACAUGUGGCCUUACAAGCUGAACUCUGCAGUCAGAGUUAGUGUGAUUCCUGUAUUUCCACCAAGUGCUCUUUUGCACACUGAUAUUUUUCAUUUUUAUAUUUAUUUAGGUCGCACAAUUUUCAAUGCUUAAGAUCAAUCCAAGCAUAAUAAUUACAAAUUUACCUACCAAAGAGAGAAGAGUGCGCUGCCAGUGUAUCUGACAUUACUCCAAUGUAAUUAAAAAAGUAAUUUAACCUUUAAUAGCUCCACACUAACUGGAAACAAAAGGCCUGUGUGUAAUUUCAGGCCGUCUUAAUUGGCAAUGCGUAUCCUUGGCAUUGUACUACUGCAGAAUGAUUUAACAAGUCAGUGAGAACAUUUUGUGUUUUAUCACGCUGCCACAAGAGACGUGCUCUAGAAAAAUAAGCAAAGUCAUUCAGUGAGUGUUCAAAUAAUUUGUAUAGUGUAGCUUUGAUUCCGCUGUCUGUGUAGAUUCUCAGUCAUCCAGGUCGUGUAAAAAUGCAACUCUUUUAGACUUUUGAGCAAAAACGAGUCUGGGUGUCGUUUACUGAAGCUCCUAUUAUGUGGCGUUUAGCAUUUUUCAGUUUUUAGAGGAGAAUCAACCUCCUUCUUGAGCUUUAUCCUAUUUUUAAAAAUUAUAAAUUAGCCCAUGUGUGUUGUAGCAGAAGUCUAAAAGCAAUAUUAAAGCAAAACCUUCAAUAUUUUUAUGUAGCAUCACUGGGAUCCAUCUCACUCCAGGAAUGUCUAGUCAGAGCAACAAUGCAAGUGACUUAAUUCUGGUGUCUCUCGUGACACUAAAAUUAUACUGCUUGUUGGUUUAUCUUGUUCUCUUUGCCUGCAUAUGUCUUAAUUUAUUUGUCGCAUCUUUCUAAAUGUGGUUGAGAGAUAUGACACAUGAUGUACAGCAUGCAAUCAAAGCGCAAUUUCUUUUCUGAGUCUUUCAGUGUCUUUGAGCAACACACUUUUAGUCAUGUUUAAAACAGAAUGUCAGGACAACUGGAGAGCAAACUGUCCAAUUGUUAAUAAAAAGAGCUUUUUGAAAGUC